AUGGGUAGCCACCGUGUCCAUCCCCUCCUCCUCUUCCUCCUCUCCAUUCUAGCCAUCUCCACCCUCUCGUGCAGCAGCGCUGAUACCUCACCGGUCUACGACACGGACGGGCACGAGCUGCGCGCCGACGCCAACUACUACGUGCUCGCGGCAAACCGCGCACACGGCGGAGGGCUCAAGAUGGCGCCCGGCCACGGCCGCCGCUGCCCGCUCUUCGUCGCGCAGGAGCCAAGCGGGCACGGCGACGGGCUCCCCGUGCGUAUCACUCCGCACGGUGGCGCGCCGUCCGACCAGAUCAUCCGCCUCUCGACCGACGUCCGCAUCCACUUCCGCGCCUACACGACGUGCGUGCAGUCCACGGAGUGGCACAUCGACAGCGAGCUGCUGUUCGGCCGCCGGCACGUGAUCACCGGCCCGGUCAGGGAGCCGAGCCCAAGCGGCAGGGAGAACGUGUUCCGCAUCAAGAAGUAUAUUGGCAGCUCGGAGGCGCGCGAGUACAAGCUGAUGUCCUGCGGAGGCGACGGGAACUCGUGCCAGGAUUUGGGGGUGUUCAGGGACGGCAAGGGCGGCGCGUGGUUCUUGGGCGCCACCGAGCCGUACCAUGUCGUCGUCUUCAAGAAGGCGCCGUCCACCGUUUAAGUUUCUCCCUUUUCUUUUGCGUGUUCGUGCUCAGCGUGCAUGAUGAAUAAUAAGGUGGCUCUA